AGUGUCGGAAAUCCAUGGCGCGCAUAAAACAAGUGCUGAACGAAAGGAGACUAGCCUACCUUGGCGCUGUUGAACUCGUGUCAAAGGGGCAAGGGAGCAAUGUAUCCCAAGCAUCAUCUGAAAUGAGUGGUCAUACCGCCACAACCAGUAGUCCUACCCCACCCGCUACAACCCCUCUUUCAACCACUACACCUACUACACCAGCAUCCACCACAUCUACACCCCAGGGUGAAAGCCCAACUUUCUCAACAUAAUCAAAACGUGUACAUUACUGCAUGAUCAUUAAUUCUACAUUAUAUCUCCUCCCUGACGCCGCAUUUUCUUGUUCGCGCCCAAUCCAACAUCUCAUUUGUCACCCAGCAAUCUCGUAUUGACUUGUUUUCGUACAUUUCAAUCUGCUUUGUCCCCUGCCGAAGUAGAUACUCCACAGUGCCGACAUCUCGAGCCAAU